AUGUGCCAGCGUGGGCCUCCCCCCGUCCUGUCCUCGGGGCUGGGGGCCCUGUCCCCGCCGGCCUUAGGCCGCGAGGCCGUUGUUGGGAGUGCCGGGCCUCGGGGGGGCGGCCCCCUAACGGCCGGAGCCCCCUGUAAGCAGGGGCGUCAGCCUCUUUGGCCGCUGCCUCGCGUGCCCAGCUGCCUUUGCCCAGAGGGCCCGGCUCCCCGCAGCGGCUGGGACUGCGCCGUGCGUCGCCGUGAAGCCGUCGGAGAAGAGAACGGAAGAGGCGUCGCGCGGGACGGCAGCGCCGACGCGGUAAGACGCCGCGGAGCCCUCCGAGAAGAAAGCGGCGCCGUGGAGCGGGACGGCGAGGCAAGAGCGAGGAAGAAGAGCGUCGGCUUCGUGCUCAAGACGGGGCGGGAGAAAGGCCCUCUGGGCAAAGGCCCCUCCCUGGCAUCCCUGGGGCAGGGAUCCCCAAGAGCCCGGCGGGCAGCUUCCGGCUGCGCCGGCCGGCUUGGCGCUGGGCGGACCUCCCUGCGCUUUGUGGUCCGGGCAGCGGCCGGAGCCCCCUGUAAGCAGGGGCGUCAGCCUCUUUGGCCGCUGCCUCGCGUGCCCAGCUGCCUUUGCCCAGAGGGCCCGGCUCCCCGCAGCGGCUGGGACUGCGCCGUGCGUCGCCGUGAAGCCGUCGGAGAAGAGAACGGAAGAGGCGUCGCGCGGGACGGCAGCGCCGACGCGGUAAGACGCCGCGGAGCCCUCCGAGAAGAAAGCGGCGCCGUGGAGCGGGACGGCGAGGCAAGAGCGAGGAAGAAGAGCGUCGGCUUCGUGCUCAAGACGGGGCGGGAGAAAGGCCCUCUGGGCAAAGGCCCCUCCCUGGCAUCCCCGGGGCAGGGAUCCCCAAGAGCCCGGCGGGCAGCUUCCGGCUGCGCCGGCCGGCUUGGCGCUGGGCGGACCUCCCUGUAAGCAGGGCUGGGUCCUUUGGUUUGCUUGGCGUUGGCCUUUUGCCAUCGCGCUCCUGUGGCUGCCCGGAGCGAGGGGCAACCGCCCUGUAAGGAGGGCGAGAGUGCCCGCCUCCGCGCCCGAGGGGGGAAACGGAGCUCUCCCGACCCCCCAGCCCGCCCGCCCUGUAAGCAGGGCAGGGCUUUUUCCCUUGGCACCUUUGGUGCCCGCUGGCGGCCCCUGGCCGGAGUGACCCCCCGUAGUCGGGGCGCGUCACAGGC